AGUAUAAAUCUUCUGGCGCAGUGUGAGCGGGUGGUUCGGUUUGGCCGGUUAGUUUUUGGAAAGGAGUUUUUCUAAUUUUAAAAGGCAAAAUACAAAAUGACGAGAAGAACGACUUCCCUCCUGCUUAAGGCGCUGGUGGAUCUGAAGGACGGUAAAUCUUUAAGAGCUGUGCGUGGAAACUGCAGAAGAGCACAUUUUAGGCACUUGGGGUCCUGUGGGAUCCUGGCUGAAAGGAGGGCCACCCUCCAGCUCCGCCCUGCCACCCCCACCAGGACGACCAGGCGCACUUUCAUCAACCUGGCUGCUCCCAUCAGCACCCGCAGGAUGGAGUACACCGAGAGCAGGGUGUUAGAGUACACCCCAGAGGAGAUGUACAACGUGGUGGCCAACGUGGAAGAGUACAAGUAUUUUGUUCCCUGGUGCAAGAAGUCUCGGGUGGUGAAGGGACGGAACGGUGAUGUCCGGGCAGAGCUUGAAAUCGGUUUUCCGCCCAUCACUGAGCGAUAUACGUCUGUGCUCACUUUUGUCCCUAACCACCAAGUCAGAGCGGUGUGCUCUGAUGGAUCCCUCUUCAGCCACCUCGAAACGGUGUGGAGGUUUUCCCCCGGAGCCAAAGACCUACCAGGCUCCUGCAAAGUGGAUUUCUUUGUGUCCUUCGAGUUCAAGUCUCUGCUGCACUCUCAGCUGGCCUGCGUGUUCUUCGACGAAGUCGUGAAGCAAAUGGUCAGUGCCUUCGAGUCGCAGGCAGCGACACUUUACAGAAACAAGCGAGUGGCGUCUUUGAGGAGUCGUGCAGCUCUGAGCAACCACCUCUGACAUCUGCAGUGACCUUAUGCUCUCUGGCUUUUACCAAGUCCCAGCCAUCAUGUUGCUUUAACUACUGUCGACACUUGACUCUGGUCUGAAACCAGUUGCACGCACUUACAUGUCAUUGACUUGUAAACAGAAAGUACUCAAGCUGUAUUUAUUUUUUUUAAACCAAAUUGUAAUGUAUUUACAUGUUCUGUUCAUUUUUAUUUAUUCAUUUUACAGACAACAAAUGUAUAGUUGAAAUAAAUCCAAUAAAGGUUUUUUUUUUUUUUUAAG